UGUCUCCAGUUGCUGGGCUCCACCUUUUAUUCUAAUCGCUCCUGCAUCGCCAUAGGAACCCGCGGCCGCCGGAGCGCCGAGCGGCAGCCUCCCCCCGGCAGCCUCCCCCCGGAGCGCUCCGGGAGCGCCGCGGCUGCUCCUUCCCCUUCCCCUCGGGAUGCCAACUGACGGAGCCAGGAGCCCCGGCCAGCCAGCCCAAGCAAGCUGGACCCUGGAGAUCUUUGCUCAGUGAUGUGGCUGGACACAGCCUUCUCCUCCUUCUGCUGGAGUAGUGAUGCUGGUGUCCCCCUGCAGCUGCAGUGAGGCGCUCUCCCCGCGGCUGGCAGUGGAUCCCGAGGCGCUGCGGGCGGCCAUGGAGUGAGCGGCGCCGCGGGUGCGGGGGGGCACAGCGGGCGGCGCCCUGCUCCUCGCCUCUGCCAUGAAUGAUGCGUCGACCAUGGAGUAUGAACUCCUCUCCCCCUCCUUGGUGGAGCACCCAGCCAGCUCUGCAGGCAUGGAUGCCGAGCAGAAGACCGUCUUUGCCUUCGUCAUCUUCCUCCUGGUCUUCUUGGUGAUGCUGAUGGUUCGCUGCUUCCGCAUCCUGCUGGACCCCUACAGCCGCAUGCCUGCCUCCUCCUGGACUGACCACAAGGAGGGCCUGGAGCGGGGCCAGUUUGACUACGCCUUGGUGUAGACCCCAGGGCCCCGGGGCGAGCCUGGGAGGGGCUCUCCGUGCCUCCCACCCCAGCUGGCCCCAGCCCCGGUCCCGUCCGUGCCCUCCCCCCCUCCCCCUUUCCUCCGUGGUGUUGCCCCAGCCCAGCAGGGAUGCUCUGGGCCGGGAGGUGAGGUCAGGUUCUUCCCCGGGGUUGGGGUUUUCUAGGGGUUUCUCUCUUUUCUAAGCACUUUUCUGUUCUCUUGGCAGUCUGUGGGGCUCUUGGAGAGAUGUUCUGGGGUGGGGGUGACUUGACCUGGCGUGGUCCCCGCUGCCCACCGUGCCCCCGGGGCGCUGCCACCUCCUGCAGCGAGGGGCAGGAGGGGAUGGGGCAGGGCAUGGCUGGACCUGCCCUCAGCCACAGCCUGUGGGGCUCCUGCUGCCGUGGGUGGCUUUGCCUGGUGCCAGGCCAGAGCUUUGAUCCCCACCUCCUCCUGCCCCCCACCUCACCCCCAUCUGCAUCCUCCAGGGAGUGCUGCCUGUGGUCCAGUGCCUGUGUGUGUGUGUCCUGUAGCUGAGCUGUGUCUGUCAGGGGGUUUGUAGGCACCAGACCCAAGUGCUGGCUUUGUUCUUCUCUGUGUGGCAGGCCCAAGUGAGGGGGAGAUGGAGACACCCCCCCACACCCUCUAUCCCCCCGUUUGCAGCCCCCUUUUGGCACCCAGCCCUGCAGCCUGCUCUUUGCUUCACCCCGUGGUGACCUGUCCCUGCCCAGCUGCUGGAAAUGGUCUGAGCAAGGUGCAGGCAGAAGGCUGCCUGCAGACCUGCCUGGGUGGCCCUGGAGGGAUCCAAGGUCCACCAAGACACGUGGGAGAUGUUCCUCAGCCAGCCCAAGCCUGGCAGCCUCCCACCAGUAUCCCAUUCUGGGAUUCCAGCAGGAUCUGGGUGGCCAACCCAUGUCCAGGGGGGUUGCUGGGAGUGGUCAGCCCUUCCCUGGCCUCCUGCAGGGUCUCAGAAGGGCUUAGUAAAUAACGGAGGGGAGCACAAAGCUGUCCUCCUGCCCCUCCGUGGGGACCAUGCCUGUUGAGUAGGGCUGCUGCAGCUAGCCCUGGGGCUAGCAAGAGCCAUGGUGGGGCAUGGCUGGGGGCCACUGAGAAGCUCUGUGCUAAGGGAUUGGAGCCCAUGG